AUGUAUUCAUUUGGUAUGACUUCGACGGCUAAUAUCGAAAACACGAAUUCAGCUAAUUUUCAGUCCAACGAAAAUGUGGUUUCGUUUUCGAGAAAAAGUGUCGACAACUGCAGCGAAGUGUGCAAUGAGUUGAAUGGUGUGCCCACAACUCCCGUCCCAUAUAUCGGGUCAUCGCCUACUGGUUUGCAAACAAUCAUCAGCUCAUCGGCAAUGAUGUCCAACAGCGAGACACCCAUACGUCAGACAAACUUACGUCGGACUCAAGCUUACCGGACGCGCAACGGAGCGAUUGGCGGUGCCCUCAGUACUGACAACUCUGGGAACGGCAACACAUCGACGCCGACCACACAUCUGACACGAGAAGAAAGGCGUCGGCGGCGAAGAGCCACUCAGAAGUAUAGGUUAGCCCACGCGACCAGAGAGAGGAUCCGCGUCGAGGCUUUCAACGUCGCCUUCUCUGAGUUGAGACACCUUUUGCCGACAUUACCGCCGGACAAGAAGUUAUCCAAAAUAGAGAUCCUUCGUCUCGCCAUUUGUUACAUCGCUUAUCUCAACCACGUAUUGGACGCGUAG